GAAAUUGUUACGAGCCAACAAAAUGGAGUGCUGUCCAACACAGCGACACAGGAUGAAACACUACCCCGCAAGGCUGAAAGGGUUAGGCACACAAGGUCACGUGACUCAAGGAGGUCCAUUGAUAAGAUAAGAAGGGAAGUCCAAUAUGGACCACGAGGAGAAAGUCCAACAGGGACUGAUAGGAGGAAGAAGAUGGAGGACCAAAACAGAAGUUAUAAAAGAGAGCUCAACCUCAUGUAUCUAGCCUUCUACUACUCGCGCUCAAUUCAUUCAAUUAUCACUCGUUACUAA